AACAGUGGGCGAGAACUCGUGCUUUCCCACUCAGUCCACGGCUCGAGCAGCGAGAAAAGGGACGGCUAUUGGGUCACGUUGGCGCGCGAGGUAGACCACGGGACGACCUAUUUGGACAGGACAUUCCUGGAGCGGUUUUCCGCCUCAGACUGCAUGAAUAUGCUGGAUGCGUCCGAUUUUCGGGCGCUAGCCGAGCCCACCUAUCAGACUCUUAACGGGAGAAUGUCUCCUCCCGGGUUCGCAACGGCUGUCCAGGCCAACAGUUAUGCCACCCUGACGCCACUGCAACCUUUGCCACCCAUAUCCACUAUGUCUGACAAAUUUUCACAUCAUUAUGGCCAUCACCAUGCAGGAAAUGUCGGCGGGGGCUUUACCUUGAUGCAAAACAACCUCGGCAUGGCUGGACACAUGGCAAACAGUUAUCACCAGUACGAGAAAUUGAACAGCAUGGCUGGUAUGAACAUGAACCCUCAUCCCUCCAUGUCGGCCAUGAUGACGGCAGCAAAUGGUCUAGGAGGACCACAGCAAACCGGUAUCGUACCAUCCUCACCUUACUCCCAAAAUGGACUCCAUUCUCCUCCAGAGAAGAACAUGUCCCCCAACGGGUAUGAAUCGUAUGCCCAUAGGGAUCUGACGAGAGGGUUGGUCAGCCCACAGAGCCCAACGGUCAGUCCUACGUCCAUGAUGUCCACGCUAAACGGACUAUCGGUGAACGGUACGCACAUGGGACAUCAAACUCCCAGCCACCACCUGCAAUCUACGGGGUCUAUAAGGGACGUGAAGCCGGCAGCCACGACACUAACGUCUCCGACUAUCGUUCCUCCAGUGAGUAGUCUGACGGGGACAGCCCCGACGCCGACCCCCACGACGCCCCUGACCCAGCCCAAUGCCCCCAUCCAGGCCUCUGUGCCCAAUUCCAUGAACGGUUCCAUGGUGUCGAUGGCGGGCCACCACGGCGGGGGCAAGCUGUCCAUGCAACACCAACAACAGAAGGUCAACUCUGCUGAAGAGGUGGAGGAGAUCAACACCAAGGAACUGGCUCAGAGGAUCAGCGCGGAGCUGAAGAGGUACAGCAUACCACAGGCGAUUUUCGCACAGAGGGUACUCUGCAGGUCUCAGGGAACGCUGUCCGACCUACUCCGCAACCCUAAGCCCUGGAGCAAACUCAAGUCUGGCAGGGAGACAUUCCGACGGAUGUACAAGUGGUUGGAGGAGCCUGAGUUCCAGAGGAUGUCAGCACUUCGACUGGCAGGUAAGGAACUGUUGCAUCCUCAAUCAAAGCCUUAUUGUGAAGAUUACUUAGAAAAACGCGUUCAUCCCCCGGUUCCUGGCUUUCCUGUCCACCGAUUGUGGAAUCAAGCUUGUGAAUAUUCCGCCUGCAAACGGAAAGAAGAGCAACAGCAACAACAGCAAAAGAACCCCAACACCCCCAAGAAGCCCCGCUUAGUCUUUACCGACCUCCAGCGGCGCACCUUGCAGGCCAUUUUUAAGGAGACGAAGCGACCCUCCAAGGAGAUGCAGAUUACCAUCUCCCAGCAACUUGGACUCGAACUCAGCACGGUUGGAAACUUCUUCAUGAAUGCCCGCCGCCGCUCGCAGGACAAGUGGCAGGACACUGAGGACAAGGCCAAAUCGUCCCAUCUCCUCAACGGACACCACCAUCACCUCCUCCACCUCAGUCCCACUACCACCACAUAGCUGCAGGGGCUGUUCGACACACGCCCCUGCCGCUACUACGAUGGCCUUCUGACCCCCUCGGCGUGAUUCUCCUCACAUUUCCUCUACUCUAGCUCCUCGAAUCUGUGCUAAAGGCUCCUUCGUUUGUAUGUGCAAAGGAGACAACUGUGUGAAAAACACGCCCUGACAUUACACUAUUCCAGUUCGCUCGGUCGAGACGUUGAGGAUCUCUUGGCUUUCCUUCACACUGUCUUCAAUUGUAAACAGAGAAAUUCAAUUUUAAAAUCUUAUUUUGUUAUGAUAAUAAAACGCCGUUUGAUUUUGUAAAAAAAUUAACAUAACAGACAAAAAUUCUAAAUGCCCAAAAUAACCGUACAAGGUCAAAAUUCUACAUGCUAUAAAUAAUACUAAAAGGUGUGAAUUGCAAAUGCCAUAAAUGAAUCUAAAUAACAAAAAUUCUGAUGGUAAAAAAUAUUUUAUAUUAUGUGUUAAAUCUUCUGAAUUAUUGGAAAGAAUGUAAUUCCCUCUCUCAUUUAAAUAUUGAAUAACAGUCUUUACGUUUAGAGCUACUCAAAAAUUCCAUUUUCAAAUUUUAU